AUGGAGGUUUAUCAUGCAGCUACCCUGUCGCCGGUGGAUUGCAAUAGUACAUCCUUUGAACUGAACCAAUCAGGCCUGAUCAAUGAAACUGACCCUUUCAAACAAGCUAACGACCAGUAUGAACACCAGCAGUAUGUCAUUGGUCUUUUCCUCUCGUGUCUCUACACUAUCUUUCUCUUCCCUAUUGGCUUUGUGGGGAACAUUCUGAUAUUAGUAGUGAACAUCAGCUUUCGUGAAAAGAUGACAAUCCCCGACCUGUAUUUCAUCAACCUUGCAGCAGCGGAUCUCAUCCUGGUAGCUGACUCCUUGAUAGAAGUAUUUAACCUGGAUGAGAAGUAUUAUGACAUCACAAUCCUCUGUACCUUUAUGUCUCUGUUCCUGCAAAUUAACAUGUAUAGCAGUAUUUUCUUCCUGACAUGGAUGAGUUUUGACCGUUACAUCGCCCUGGCUAAGGUCAUGCGAUCCAGCCUUUUUCGCACAAAGCACCAUGCCCGGCUGAGCUGUGGCCUCAUCUGGAUGGCAUCCAUCUCUGCUACUCUGGUACCUUUUACAGCUGUCCAUUUGCAGCACACAGAAGAGGUUUGCUUCUGUUUUGCCGACGUGAAAGAAAUCCAGUGGCUUGAGAUCACUUUGGGGUUCAUCAUCCCCUUUGCCAUCAUUGGGCUCUGUUACUCACUCAUUGUCCGAGUUCUCAUCAAGGCUCACAAGCACCGGAGCCUGAGGCUGCGGCGGCAGAAGGCCCUCCGAAUGAUUUUUGCUGUGGUCCUGGUUUUCUUUAUCUGCUGGCUACCUGAAAAUGUCUUCAUUAGUGUACACCUCUUGCAAAGAAAGGAGCCAGCUAUUUCUUCAUGCAAACAGUCUUUCCGCCAUGCCUAUCCUUUAACUGGCCAUAUCGUUAACCUAGCAGCUUUUUCAAACAGCUGCUUAAAUCCACUUAUCUAUAGCUUUCUUGGGGAAACCUUUAGGGAAAAACUGAGGCUAUAUAUUGAACAGAAAAGCAACUUGUCAGCCCUGAAUCGUUUCUGUCAUGCUGCCCUCAAGUCAGUUAUUCCUGAGAACAGUGAGCAGACAGAAGUAAAAUUUAGCAGUGCUGUGUAAAUAGACAACUGUGAAAGUUUUUUCAAUCAAUGUAGACCGAAACUGUGUGCCACUAACAAAUGCACAGAUAGCUAGGGAAGGGGAAAAAUACAAAUAUUUCUUUUUU